AUGCCGCAAAGACUGCGAGUCCGUCGACCGUACUCAAAGCUACGCAACGUCCCUGCGGCAAGGGUCAGUGACUUCUACUCAGCAGCUCUCCACCAAACAAAACCCAAGCCUCGGCUGCUUUGUGCCUGGCGGUCUUUUGUUUGUUUGCUGGUCUCUUCGUCUGCUGAAUGGACUGAAGACUACCGACCACAGUCCUUUUGCCAUCGCCGUCGUCGGUUUGUACUAGUAGUAGAUCGGGUUGUUGCUGUUGUAGCAAGGCCUACCAUUCGACGAGCUCUGUGUCCAAUAGACUGA